UACUCCAUUUUUAACCUCUCUCACUAUCCCAAAACAAUGGCGGUUAUCUCAACAGUAACACCACCCACUUUCAACCUCUCCUCUUCUUCCCGAAACCCUAAUUCCCCUUCCCUCUCCUCCCCCAAGCUCGCCUCCUCCAAUGCUAAUCCAUCAAUCCCCAACUCCAAAUCCCUCAAGCUCCACCGCAAUUCCCGAUUCGUAACCUCCGCCGCCACUUCCCCAUCCGCCGCCUUCCCCGCCGCAAACCCUACCAACACAUUCCACGGCCUAUGCUACGUCGUCGGCGACAACAUCGACACCGACCAAAUCAUCCCCGCCGAGUAUCUCACCCUCGUCCCCUCCAACCCCGACGAGUACGAGAAGCUCGGCUCCUACGCCCUAAUCGGCCUCCCCUCCACAUACGAAGCCCGAUUCGUCGAGCCCGGGGCCACCAAAACCAAGUACUCGAUCGUGAUCGGCGGCGAUAACUUCGGCUGCGGCUCGUCCCGUGAGCACGCUCCCGUGGCGCUGGGGGCGGCUGGCGUGGCGGCGGUGGUGGCGGAGUCGUAUGCGAGGAUUUUCUUUAGGAAUUCGGUUGCUACUGGGGAGAUUUAUCCGCUGGAAUCGGAGGGGAGAUUGUGCGACGAGUGUACGACUGGGGAUGUGGUGACAAUUGAGCUUGGGGAGAGUAAGCUGAUCAAUCAUACUACGGGGAAAGAGUAUAAGCUGAAGCCGAUUGGGGAUGCUGGCCCUGUCAUCGAGGCCGGUGGAAUCUUUGCUUAUGCUAGGAAAGCUGGGAUGAUCCCUUCCCGCGAUGCCUGAUUCUUCGGUAUCUUCACAUCCUGACACCGUAAGCUACCCAGCAUCUCCAUCAGUCUUGAGAAGUGACAUUGUGAUUUCAAAAUAGAUUCAUGUGUGCUUGUAGUGUGAUAGAAUGAUGCUUCUUUAUCCUACAUUAGUUUUAGUGAUUCAAGUUGAAAACUUAUUUAUUAGCUGUGCUGUGUUAAGACUAGAGAUCAAGUUAUUGUAAGGCUGCUUGCUGCAUUUAAACUGAUCUAAAUAAAUGUGAAAAAAUGUUUUGGGAUGCAAAA